AUGGCUGAGCAGCUGGUUCUUCGCGGCACCCUUGAGGGCCACAAUGGCUGGGUUACUUCCCUCGCCACCUCCCUGGAGAACCCCAACAUGCUGCUGUCCGCUUCCCGCGACAAGACCCUGAUCAUCUGGAACCUUACCCGUGAUGAGCAGGCCUACGGUUACCCCAAGCGCAGCCUCGAGGGUCACUCGCACAUCGUCUCUGACUGUGUGAUCUCCUCCGACGGUGCCUACGCUCUGUCUGCCUCGUGGGAUAAAUCUCUCCGUCUCUGGGAGCUCUCCACCGGUAACACCACCCGCACUUUUGUCGGCCACACCAACGAUGUUCUGUCCGUCUCGUUCUCCGCCGACAACCGUCAGAUCGUCUCCGGUUCUCGUGACCGCUCCAUCAAGCUGUGGAACACCCUCGGUGACUGCAAGUUCACCAUCACCGACAAGGGUCACACCGAGUGGGUUUCCUGCGUUCGCUUCAGCCCCAACCCCCAGAACCCCGUCAUUGUCUCCGCUGGCUGGGACAAGCUCGUCAAGGUUUGGGAGCUCGCUUCCUGCCGUCUCCAGACCGACCACAUCGGUCACACCGGAUACAUCAACACCGUCACUAUCUCCCCCGACGGAUCUCUCUGCGCCUCCGGUGGCAAGGACGGUACCACCAUGCUCUGGGACCUUAACGAGUCCAAGCACCUCUACUCCCUCUCCGCUGGUGAUGAGAUUCACGCCCUUGUCUUCUCUCCCAACCGCUACUGGCUCUGCGCUGCCACCAGCAGCUCCAUCACCAUCUUCGACCUCGAGAAGAAGAGCAAGGUUGAUGAGCUCAAGCCUGAGUUCGUUGAGAAGGGCAAGAAGAGCCGUGACCCCGAGUGCAUCAGCUUGGCCUGGUCCGCUGACGGCCAGACCCUGUUCGCCGGUUACACUGACAACAAGAUCCGUGCCUGGGGUGUUAUGUCGCGCGCAUAG